AUGGCGGAGCGGGAGGAGGCGGCCAACAGUGGGAUUGUGCAGAGAGCGUUAUCUGUGACUGGACUUCCCAGUCUGGCCAGCGGCAUUUGGAUCUAUGUGGGUAAUGCCAUAAGGUGGUGCCGGAUCCCAGACUGGCUGCCAUCAUGGUGUCCCACCUCUCAGAGCCAGCUGAAGGCUGCAGAGGACAGGAUGCUGAGCUGUAUCAAAACUGCAUUUACCAAGCAAUUUGUCUCCAUCUCCUGUGGCAACAUGUUGUGGACGCUGACUUUUUGCAAUGACGGUGUUAAGGAUAAAACCCCCAUGGUCCUGCUGCACGGGUUUGGAGGUGGCGUGGGUCUGUGGACUCAAAACGUGGAAACUCUCUCACAGGAUCGGCCGGUCUACGCUCUGGACCUGCUGGGCUUUGGCCAAAGCACAAGGCCUGUCUUCUCCACCGACCCUCUGGAAGCAGAAGCUCAGUUUGUGGAGUCUAUUGAACAGUGGAGGGCCAAAGUGGGUGUGGAGUCCAUGAUAAUCCUGGGUCACAAUCUGGGAGGAUUCCUGGCUGUGUCCUAUGCUAUUAAAUAUCCAGUCAGAGUGAAACACCUGGUACUGGUGGAGCCGUGGGGUUUUCCUGAUGUUCAGGAGAUGGUGGAAGCAGACCGCCCCAUUCCAGUGUGGAUCAAAGCUCUCGGAGCGAUGUUCAGUCCCUUCAACCCGCUGGCCGGCCUGAGGCUGGUCGGACCCCUCGGUCCUACUCUGGUUCAGACACUGAGACCCGACUUCAAGAAGAAGUUCUCCUCCUUGUUCUCAGACAACACCGUGUCAGAGUACAUCUACCACCUGAAUGUCCAAUCUCCCAGCGGAGAGACUGCUUUUAAGAACAUGACGGGUUUAUGCGGCUGGGCUAAGAGGCCCAUGCUGCAGAGGUUAGACCAGCUGCAUCCUGACAUCCCCAUCUCCAUCAUCUAUGGCUCCCGCUCCAGCAUAGACAGCACCUCAGCCGCCUCCAUCAAAGAGAUGAGAACAAACUCUCAUGUGGAGAUUAUUACCAUGCGUGGAGCUGGACACUACGUCUUCGCCGACCAGCCCGAUGACUUCAAUAACAAAGUCUUGCAGGUGUGUGAAAAAGUGGACUGAGAACAGGGACGGUCUGGAUGUGAAACUGUGGAGCAAAAGGGGAGCGUGACUCACUAACAUCACAUUCUGAUCUGCUGUGGGACCUCCUUAAGAAAAAAGGAACAAGUGUUUUAGAGAGGAAAAAAGGAGCAUGACUUGGAUAUGAGGAUAUGGUUAUGAUCAUCAGACCAGUGAUUCAGUGGUAUUCUUAGAAACCCGAAAAAUCCAGCUGAUGCCAUUCAUCUGAUCAGUCCUAUUUAGCAGCAGUCCCAGUACGACCCAAUAAUCCCAUUAGGCCCGAACCGGGUGGUUCAUUUGAAUGACGUGUGAGCGCCACAUGGAAUUGUGUCACUAUACAAUCCGAGUCAGAGAGCUGGAGGAUGUGUUCCAAACAUCCAUCUGACUGAAUCCACAUACAUCUUCACACUCAAGCUUCUAAAGUCUUAUAAGAAAAGGAAAAAUUACUCCAUUUUCUUUUAUUUUUGUUCUAACUCAGCAUUUAUUCAUAAAUCCUGCCUGUGCAUACACAUGGAAUGUUGAGUGAAGAAGUUACUUCCACUACAACAUUGUUUUCAUUCUCAGUUUUAGUUUGUUUCUCAGACCCACGUUUACUCCAGCUCUGACUGAUGUUUCUGUGCUGAGCCUUGGCAGUGGCCUCUUCUUCCUCCUCUGAUUCAGAAUUAAGCUGUGAGGAUCCAGGGAAGCUGGAGUUCCUGGAGAAAAGGUUUUCCAUAAUACAAAGAUUCUCAAGUUAAGCUGAAAUGUUUCAAUCUGUUCAGUAUGAACAGAAUUACACUGAUAAAACAUUUAAAAAAGUGGAAAACUGUUGAAUAACAAUUUUUUUGUUAGUAGAACCACAUAUAUGUGAUAAAAUUGGUGUUUUCUAAAAACACAUCUCAUUUACAUUUUUCUGAGCGUAUUGUAAAUAAUUGGAUUUUUAUGUUUGUAAUGAUCUAUUUUAAAAAGUGCAAUGUACUUGUGUUCUUCCUGCUGUUUCAUUGGAGCCUGAUUAACAUUAUAAAGCAGUUUUCAGAGCGUUUGUCUGAGCUGAACAACCUGGGAUCAGCUAUCUCUUUCUCUCACAGGGCUAAUGUAGGAAGUCACAAUUAGGAAAUGAUCUUGUCAUUUUCUUUAUUUGGCUUAGUCCAUAAAUGGUCAGAAAUAUUGGAACCAACAUAUUUCAGUGCGUUCUGGCUUCUAUCCACACAAAAACAGUUUUAUGCAACUAAAAACAAUUAUGAAAGCACUGACCAAAGUGGAGUUUUGAGAAAACUUAAUAUUUGUGUUUGAGUGUGUUCAUGGUUAACUGUAGGGUUUGCGACAAUAUGUCUACAUAUUUGCUUUCACGAUUCCCAAUCGACAACAUCUUGUUUUAUUAGCUUUGUAUUUUAAUAUGUUAUUUAAAAAUAGUUCAACCUCCAUUUAUGUCCACACAAAUGAACUUAAUGGCACCAUAUUUAAUUCUUAAUAGGAAGUCGUAGUUGAUUUGAAGGAUUGUGAUUGGCUGACACAGUUUUGCGCUUUGUGCUACUCUGCCCCUUAUAAACAUGGGUUUUGGGUUUUAAACAUGCCCAUAAGCAUGUUUAAAACGAUGCUUAUGGGCAGAUUUGUGCUGGUGCCACAUCAUUUUUUAAAAUGAUGUGGCAGAAAUAUUUGUUUUUAUAAAGACCCAACUAUAUGUAUUCUAGACCUUUUGUUUCAAAACUUGGAUUUUCCUUUUUUUAUAAACACAUAAGUUGUUGCACAUUUGUGUGUACAACACAAGUGUGUCACUGAAACCAAAAUUUAGCACUUUCAGAAUAUACUUUACUGUCUUUACAUUUAUAAAAUAAGUCUAAACAGACUCCUAGGCAUUAUUGCAAGGACUCUACUGUUUUAUUUAUUUUUUUAUUCAGUUUAUAUAAAUAAACUGAAUGCUUGACUCA